UAAACUUUGCCGAUUGUUCAAUUUUUAAGUAGCACACCUCCAGUAAUAAUUUGAGAAUCCUCCGUCGCUGGUGAGCUUCUUUGAUUCUUCUUUUAUAUCUAUCCAUCUAUCUAUCUAUAUAUGUAUAUAUAUGCUUAUCAAAAUGCAAGCUUUAGCAAAGUUUUUCAGUUGCCUAUACAUUAUUUUUAGUUUGCAAAACUUAAGGGGAAGAUGAAGGGUAAAAUUGGUGAAUCUCCCACUGAUCAUGAUCUCCGAAAUUCAAUGGCUCCAACUUCCUGGAGGAACUCAUUCUCGACAAAUGCAAAAAGAAAGCGCAACGAAAUUAAGAGGGAAGUAGAAGAUGGCAAGAAAGGAGAACAGAGGAGUGAAGUUGUUCCACUCUAUAAGUUGUUCUCCUUCGCGGAUUCAACAGAUAUCAUUCUGAUGAGUCUGGGCACCGCUGGAGCGCUGGCAAAUGGAGCUAUCAGGCCGCUUCUUACAGUUGUAAUGGGAAGUUUUAUCAACACGUUCGGAGAAGAAUCAGAUAGCGAUCAAGUGGCUCACAGAGUUUCCAAGGUUUGUCUCAAUAUGGUCUACUUGGCUAUUGGCGCAGGGUCCUUCUCAUUUUUCGAGGUGUCCUGCUGGAUAGCCACUGGGGAACGGCAGGCAGCUAGAAUAAGAAAUUUGUACCUGAAAGCAUUAUUAAAUCAAGAAAUUGCGUUCUUUGAUAAGGAAGGAAACACUGGUGAAUUCGUAGGAAGAAUGUCUGGGGACACUGCCCUCAUUCAAGACGCCAUGGGAGAGAAGGUUGGAAAGUUCAUUGGACAAAUGUCCACAUUUUUCACAGCCUUUGUAAUUGCAUUUGUGCAAGGGUGGCAUCUCACUCUAGUCAUGGUGUCCGUGAUUCCCAUAAUUGGGAUUUGCAGUGUGAUCAUAUCAAACGUUACAAUGAAGACAGCUUCACGUGGACAGAAGGCCGAUAUAGAGACAUCUGCAAUUGUACAGCAAACAGUAAGCUCAAUAAGAACUGUAGCUUCUUUUACUGGGGAAAGUCCAUCAGUGAGGAAAUUUGAGAAAGCUCUUAAAAAUGCCUACAGAUCAAGCAUUAAUGAGGGCAUUGUUGCUGGAUUAGGCUCUGGUAUUCUCACUUUUUUAUCCUAUUGUGCGCUUUCAUUGGGCUUUUGGUAUGGAGCAAAGCUGAUACUGCAAAGAGGCUACAAUGGUGGAAAUGUUUUUUCUAUUAUAUUCUGUGUCUUGUUUGGUUCCACCUCCUUGUCUCAGUUGUCCCCUUGCACGUCAGCAUUUGCUGCUGGACAAGCUGCUGCUUAUAAAAUGUUUGAAACCAUCAACAGAAAGCCAGAGAUUGAUUCCACUGACAAAACAGGAAAAAGAUUGGAUGUUCUUGUUGGGGACAUAGAGUUCAAAGAUGUUAAUUUUAGCUAUCCUUCCAGACCAGAACAGAAAAUAUUCACUGGAUUAUCACUCGUCAUUCACCAUGGCACAACUGUAGCCUUGGUUGGUGGGAGUGGAAGCGGGAAAUCAACUGUGAUCAGUCUGAUAGAAAGGUUUUAUGAUCCACAAGAUGGUGAGGUUCUCAUUGAUGGAAUAAAUAUCAAACAAUUCCAUCUCAGAUGGCUCAGAGAGAAAAUCGGAUUAGUGAGCCAGGAGCCCGUCCUCUUUGGCUCGACCAUUAGAGCCAACAUCACCUAUGGCAAGAGCAAUGCAACGAUUGAAGAGAUUAAUGCUGCUACUGAACUAGCUAAUGCUUCAAGGUUUAUUAGUAUGAUGCCUCAGGGACUUGAUACCUUGAUUGGAGAGCAAGGAACCCAGCUCUCAGGCGGUCAAAAACAAAGGAUUGCCAUUGCUCGAGCUAUCGUGAAGGAUCCAAGAAUUCUACUUCUAGAUGAAGCAACUAGUGCGCUUGAUGUAGAAUCAGAGCGAGUUGUACAAGAGGCUUUAGAUAGAGUCAUGAUAAAUCACACCACUGUUAUAAUUGCUCAUCGUCUUAGCACUGUGAGAAACGCAGAUACCAUCGCUGUGAUGCACCGAGGUUCAAUAGUAGAAAAAGGUACUCACUUGCAGCUCCUAAAGGACCCAAUGGGAGCAUACAGCCAACUCAUUCAGUUACAAGAAAUGGACCAAAUUUUGAAUCGAUCAUCACACUCUAAUCAGGAAGAAACCAUUGUUCAAGCUGUAGAAGCAUCAUCUUUGAGCCGAACCAGUUCAAUAAGACAAUCCUUUAGCAGGGAAUCGUCUUCGAGGUAUGUGAGCGACCACGUAAUCUUUACGGAUCCUGCUUUGCCAGUUACAGUCAACUGGCAAGAGAGGCCAUCAGAGGAACCGGAAGAUGAUUUUCCAUCCCAAAGUUCUAAUGAAGUGCCAAUACGCCGCCUGGUGAAUCUAAAUAAGCCAGAGAUCCUGAUUUUGGUACUUGGUUCAGUAGCGGCAUUUUUCAAUGGCGUUAUAUACCCUGCUUAUGCGUUACUGAUAUCUACUAUGAUAAAAACUUUCUACGAGCCACCACAUAAGCUUAGGGAAGAUUCCAUCUUUUGGUCAUCGAUGUUCUUGUUAUUUGGUGCUGUUGGUCUGGUGGCAAUUCCAAUAAGAUCAUGCUUGUUUGCAAUUGCUGGGGCAAAGUUGAUUAGAAGGAUUAGAUUGAUGACAUUUCAGAAGGUUGUCAACAUGGAGAUUGCAUGGUUUGAUAAAGUUGAAAACUCAAGCGGAGCUAUUGGUGCAAGACUUUCAACAGAUGCUGCUACUUUGAGAAGCCUUGUUGGUGAUUCACUAGCUAUACUUGUUCAGAAUAUUUCAACCUUAGUUUGUGGCUUGGUAGUCGCCUUUGUUGCAAGUUGGCAACUUACGCUUAUUAUCCUGGCAUUAGCGCCCGUAGUAUGUAUCCAUGGAUUUGCUCGAAUGAAGUUUAACAAAGGAUUCAGCGCUGACACAAAGAAAAUGUACGAGGAAGCAAGUCAAGUGGCGAGUGAUGCACUGGGAAACAUGAGGACGAUUGCUUCAUUCUCAGCUGAAGAGAAGGUAUUGGAUCUCUAUAAAAAGAAAUGUCAAGGCCCCAUUAAAGCAGGAAUCAGACAAGGAAAACUUAGCGGAAUUGCAUUUGGGGCAUCCUUCCUGUUAGUAUUUUGUGUUUAUGCUGUCAUCUUUUAUGCUGGAUCUCGCUUAGUUGUUGCUGGCAAGAUAACGUUCGACAAAGUAUUUCAGGCAUUUAUAGCCAUAGCAAUAACAUUCCUCGAAAUUGCUCAGUCAAGCUCUAAUAGACCUGAUUCCAAUAAAGCUAAACUUGUCUCACGUUCUAUUUUCACAAUUCUUGAUCGUAAAUCUCGAAUAGAUCCAAGUGAUGAAUCUGGCAUGACUUUAAAUUCCAUCGACGGCAAUAUUGAGUUUCGCCAUGUCAGUUUCAACUAUCACUCAAGACCAGAUGUGCAAAUUUUUCGAGAUAUAAGCUUUGUCAUUCAAUCUGGAAAGUCUGUUGCAAUUGUAGGGGAGAGUGGAAGUGGAAAAUCUACAGCAAUAGCACUGCUACAAAGGUUCUAUGAUCCUAAUUCAGGAGAUAUACUCUUGGAUGGAACAGAGCUGCAGAAGUUCCGUUUGAGUUGGUUGAGGCAACAGAUGGGAUUGGUGAGUCAAGAACCUGUGCUGUUCAAUGACACCAUUCGGUCAAAUAUUGCUUAUGGUAAAGGGGAUGAGGCCAGUGAGGCUGAGAUUAUAGCUGCGGCUGAGUUAGCGAAUGCCCACAUGUUCAUAUCAAGUUUAAAUCAGGGAUAUCAAACCAUAGUGGGAGAGCGAGGCAUUCAACUCUCCGGCGGGCAAAAACAAAGAGUGGCGAUCACAAGAGCUAUAGUGAAGCAGCCCAAGAUUCUGCUCCUGGAUGAGGCAACGAGCGCGUUGGAUUCAGAAUCUGAACGGAUUGUUCAAACAGCAUUGGAGAAAGUGAUGGUUAGUCGAACCACAGUUAUUGUCGCCCAUAGACUUUCUACAAUCAAAAGUGCAGAUCUUAUUGCAGUGAUGAAAAAUGGGAUGAUUGUAGAACAAGGUAAACAUGAUGCUCUUAUGAACAUUGAGGAUGGAGUGUAUGCAUCAUUGGUAGCAAUUCACUCCACUAUCACAUCAUAGUUGUACCCUCUUAAUGACUGCUUCAUAUGCCAAUUUUAAU